ACAUCAACAUCGCCCGAAACCGUAAUGGCGCAGCGCAGCGCUUACUUUCAAGACUUUCGAGCAUGUUUCAGACAUUUCUCAGUCGCCACCGAUAAACCGAAGAGGAACUGAUUCUGUGAUACCGCUGUUUUAAUGGCUAGCUGUCAUAGUGAAGUAUAGCGGUAGCGAGUCAAAACAAGGCCACAUUGUUCUAACGUCAUCUACGCACUUAAUGAAAUAGUCGCGCAAAGCUUGGAUCAGAACGACAUGACGGCAUUGACGUUCAAGGAUCGGAAGCUCGUGCUUGUCGAGUACCCGGCGAUCGUUAAAAACACGGACAGAAUGAUGAAAAGCCUCGGUGGUAUUGAAGAGAUCUCCAAGACCUACGCAGACCCGACGCGGAGGCUGGAGAUGAAGUUCAGGCCGGAAGAUCCGUACUGCAAGAGCGCCUACGGCAACAAUACGGACGUGUCCUGCCUCGUCUUGAAAGUGAAGAAGAACCGCGGCAACGCGGAUGAACCGUACACCGUGACAAUCGAAGGCACCAUUUCUACGGCCUACAAAUUUCGUGGCAUGGUGGAUUUCCAGUAUUUACCCAUGAGAAGAAAAGCAGAUGGAACUGGGUACGAGUCUUUGCUCGACCAGCUCAUUCCACCGCCCAUGUCAUCAACAGACUGGCUAAUGAAAGACGCGCCGGUCUUCAUACUGCCCCAAGUGUUCUCUCGUCUUGACACCAUGUCAAUACAGGCUCUCCGAGACGAGCCAAAACGACGUGAGCUGGCGUCGGGGACACCGUUCCGUCCGAGAAAUGCCAUGAUUGGCCGAACUCGUGACCGCCGUGUGAAGUUUGCUUGCUUCCUAAAUUUCGACGAGGAAGACGUGCCUACAGAGCCAAAUCCAGAGGCCUGGAAACAGUUGGAAUGGCGUCCUCCAGAUGUGAACAUCAAGCAAAGGGUUCAAGCGCUGUUCCAGCAGCGGCCUUUGUGGACACGCAGUGCUCUCCAAGUGGAACUUAACGUACAGCCAGUACGGUUCAAGCUCAUUCUGCCCGUGGUGGCUUACUAUGUCGUGAACGGACCUUUCCGUACUGCCUGGGUACGCUUGGGGUUUGACCCCCGCAAGGACCCGUCAACAAAGAUCUACCAGAUUCUCGACUUUCGGCUCAAAACAUCACCAUGUGCAAUGAUGCUCAACGAAGUGUCGACAAAGCGCGGCAGCUCGGCCUACCUCGUCCCGACCAAGGUUCUGGGAUCUAAUGCGCGGCCCAUCCAUGCCCAGACAGACUACCUGCAAGGACAUUGCAAGGACACCACAGCUAAAUCGUCAACGAAGUUCGACAGCCAAUUGCUGGUGAGCUAUUUGCCGGGCAAGCUCCCGCCUUACCGCCAGAUGUUUUACCACCUGAAGGAUAUCUGCAUGGCCAGCGUCCAGAAGUUGGUGCACGCCAACGACGGCCGUGAAGCAGCGACUUGUCACGAGAGGGAUGGCUGGUGCGAGGAGGGCACCAUGAACAAGUGCCGCCAGUUAAUGAUGGCCGAAUUGAAGGCCACGGUCGACAAGAUUAGGAGCGAACAGCCGUCGACAUCGCGGGAAGAAAGCCCAGUGGCACUCGAAGAAGACGACGAGUUCGAUGACUUCUCGGAUGACGAAGGGGACGAAGAUUGACUCACCGCUCAACCACAUUCGUAUAAAGUCAGAGCAGAAGACUGCAUUUGAAAAGUCGCAAAGUUGCAAAGCAGAUGUGCUUUGGCCAUAUGGGAUUGAGAGUGCAGCUUGGCCAGAGGAUGAUUAAGAUCUCAAUUACAUUACAGGCAAGAAAGUUUGUGAAGAUUGUCUUGCAUUACUGAUGUCUGAAGAAGUUCACCGAGGUGAGCUCACAGAAAUGUACAGUGCUAAUUACACCAAUCGCUACAGCAGGGUCAUGCAAAGUUUUCAAGCCCACCUUGUCCCAUCAUCUCGUAAAUUAAGUGGAGGAUAUGCUGCUAGGGUAUGCGAGUGAAGUGUAACGGUGCUCUGUUUUCUUAAAGACCAUCUGUGAGGUGGUUUCGCUCUGUGUAAACAUAAAACUUGUAGUGUAAAUAAAUGUUUUUCAAACAGCCUUGGCAAAGUACUGGGGCUGUCUAACA